GUUUAAACAUGUUUCAUGGUGUAACAUUGUCUGCAGUUUCUGUCUUUUUUUUGUCCUUUUUUUGGGUUGUUUCUCUUUUUAUUCUGGAUUGAUAACUGAAGAGUAGCCUUUAGAUUUCAUUUAGCAGUUUUAAUUAUUUUUUUCUGAUAAUGCGUUUGGUGAAUAAUACUUCUAAUGAUAUAUUUGUAGUUGAUUGUUACAUGAACGUUGAAGUAUACACAUUUUUGUUAUGUUUACUAGUUACCGGAGGGUAUUUUGCUAUCUGAGACUUAGGAACUGAUUUUUGGACAUAUUGUUUUCUGUUUGACUACCAAACUUUCCAUCUUUUCACCAAGAAAAUGGACAAGUGAGAAAUUAAAGCAAAGAGAAGAAGAAGAAGAAGCAGAAUAUGCUGAUUCUCUACCCAUAUUUCAUGACAGUGAACAGUCCUAGGAGAUGGAAAACCAAGAAGAAGAAACCAUGCAAUGCAUUAUGACUAUUUUUUAAGAUCAAAAUUAAUCUAAUAUUCUAUGCUUCAAGGCAUUGUCUUUGCUAACAAUGCUGCCAAAUUUUUUAUGACCCUUGUUUUGUUCUGAUCCCACAUACUAUACGGAGCUCCAUUGUUUUUUCCCCUUUGAAAAUAAAAACCAAUAACUUUUUUAUUUUUCUCAUUCUUUUUACAUUUUGUAGGCCACAAUUUCUGAUUUGUUUAUAUUAUAUUUGAUGGGAUGAGUGCAUGCAUUAAAAUUACCUGCCAGCAUUUCACAUUCAACCAUCUUUAGAUGAAAGAUUUUUGGCCUCAGGACAAGGCCAGUGGUAUUGUUGGCUUUUUCAUGCAAAUCUUUUUUAUUCUAUUUUUGGGUAUGCUUUUCUAAUGAGAAAGGUAAAAACAUGCCAAAGACAACCAGACAUGGUAUUGGUAACAGAAAGGUGGUUUCCAACACGAAACUUUCUUCAAAUUUACUGUUAUAUCUAACAAGCCAAUUGUAUGCAUCUCAGGGCAAUGGUUUUUUUUCCCAAUUAAAUGGUUCUUUUUAGCUCAUUAAGCUACAGUAAUGGCAUGAAUUUGAGAUUUUUCUCAUACUUUCAUAUGAACCUUUCAACUUAUUUUCAGAAUUUCAAUUCUAAAUAUGGAUUUUGUACAUUUUCGAGUCUCACACUUCUGUUUGAUUGAAGCAGGAAAGUAAACUAUAAAAGUUUUAUAUUUAUUUUUGGUCGGCACUUGAGAACCAAUUUCUCUCCACAUACAUUAAUUUCACUUUCAAAGGCAUUUGACGUUUUCCACCAUUUUAUGGAUUCCAUAAAGGUUUGAUGGGUGGUCAGCAAAUUUAAGCAUCAAUGGUAAGGAUCAUGAAGUGCAGGCCUCUGUUGGGAUAGAGUUAAACUGCUGGGCCCCGAAGUAUCUGCUCAAAGACUGUAGUGUUUUUUGCAUUAACCUGUCACAUUUGUUUUAGCCUCACAUAGUCCUGUAGUGAUUAUGGUGGACCCCUAAUAGUUUGGACUUUCUGAUGCUGCUUGGCAAUGUCUUUCUGGUUUUUAUUUUCCAUUGCAGUUCUUUGUCAACAUUUCACACUGCUUGUUCUUUCCGAUAUUGGUUAGAGUUUGUGUAUUUUUUUAGUUAUCAGAAUUGGAGCUGAUCCGGCUUCAAGUUUCCAGGGUUUGCACAGAAGGAAAUCGUGACAAUGGGUGCUGGUGGAAGGAUGCCUGACCCCAGCAACAUGAAUGAAGAAAAGGAAAGUCCCCUCCAACGAGUGCCCUGUGAGAAGCCUCCGUUCACUCUAAGUCAGAUAAAAAAGGCUGUUCCUCCCCAUUGUUUUCAGCGCUCUAUCCUUCGUUCAUUCUCCUAUGUUGUUUACGACCUGUGCUUGGCCUUUCUCUUCUACUACAUUGCCACAUCUUAUUUUCAUCUCCUCCCUUACUCCCUUUCCUACAUUGCUUGGCCUGUCUACUGGGUUCUCCAAGGCUGCAUCCUAACAGGUGUUUGGGUAAUUGCUCACGAGUGUGGUCACCAUGCUUUCAGUGACUACCAAUGGGUUGACGACACUGUUGGGCUGAUCCUCCAUUCUGCCCUUUUAGUUCCAUACUUCUCAUGGAAAUAUAGUCAUCGCCGCCACCACUCUAACACAGGUUCCAUGGAGCGAGAUGAAGUGUUUGUGCCUAAACCCAAGUCUAGAGUAUCAUGGUAUUCAAGAUACCUAAACAAUCCACCAGGCCGAGUUGUGUCCCUUGCAGUCACACUGACCCUUGGGUGGCCCCUCUACUUAGCCUUCAAUGUUUCAGGCCGACGCUACGAUCGUUUUGCUUGCCACUUUGAUCCCCAUGGGCCCAUCUACUCCGAUCGAGAAAGGCUUCAAAUUUACAUCUCCGAUGCUGGUAUAUUUGCAGCAACUUAUGUGCUCUAUAACAUUGCUGCAACAAAAGGGUUGGCUUGGCUUGUAUGCAUCUAUGGGGUACCGCUGCUAAUAGUGAACGGGUUUCUUGUUUUGAUCACAUACUUGCAACAUACACACCCAGCAUUGCCACAUUAUGACUCAUCCGAAUGGGAUUGGCUAAGGGGAGCUCUGGCAACUGUUGAUAGAGAUUAUUGGGUGUUGAAUAAAGUGUUUCAUAACAUCACAGAUACACAUGUGGCUCACCAUCUCUUCUCAACAAUGCCACAUUAUCAUGCAAUGGAGGCCACCAAAGUAAUCAAACCCAUACUGGGCAAGUAUUAUCGUUUUGAUGGCACUCCAGUUUACAAGGCUAUGUGGAGGGAGGCCAAAGAGUGUCUUUAUGUUGAACCUGAUGAGGAUGCUGGUAGCAAAGGUGUUUUCUGGUAUCGCGACAAGUUCUAAUACCAGCUGUCACCCAGUCAGCUGAGGUCAAAUGAAAACUAUGCGAGUGCCAGUAGGGCACUAAUAAAAAGACGGCGGAAAACACGUUGCCUGCUAGUCUCAUGGUGGUAUGCGUUGUUGAGAUUUAUGUAAUGAAUGUGCGCUGUUAAUGAACCUCAACAACUCACUAAAAUAGCUGAUGUUGAGCUUUCAUCCUUGUCAUCUUCUCUUUGAGCACUAAUGCCAAUCAUGCUGCUCUUUUUAUUGAA